UAGGUAUAUACUGUAUAAUGUCUCUUCAACCAAGCGUAAGACCACGUGUUCGUGUUCCUUCACCUCAACUUAUGGGAAAAGUUGGUAUUCGUCCUGUCAUGACGUUUACGGGUCCCAGGAUGUCUUUUCGACCAAGGAUUCCACCUUCUGUUAACGUUGUUAAUAGACCAUCGGUAAUUGCUGAUACCUUUAAGCCACGCGGCGGUUCAAUUUCUGUUCGUCCAAGGGCAAUAUUAGCAUCACCCCAGGCUGCAAAGCCUGAUUCUAAUGAUUCUGUACCAAAUUUGAUUCGUCGUAUUUUAAUAUCUCCACCUAUUCCGCACUCGCCUUCAAAUUUGUCGUCAUUUUCGUCAACUUCAACUUCAUCAUCUAGUUGUACUCAAAUUGAAAACUCCAUAGCUAAUCUUGGUGUUGUUGCUGCUAAGCCGAGAGGCAAAGGGCAUGGAGGACGUGGUGGACGUAAUCGUGGUGGCCCGCAUACACCGUUGUUGGAUUCCUUGUUUACACGGCCACAAACUUGUGUUUCCAAAAUGGGUGAAACUGGACGCCAUGUUACUGUUGAUACGAACUAUUUCAAGAUCUUAAAGAAACCCGAAUGGAACAUUUAUCAAUAUAGAGUAGAUUUUGUACCGGAAAUAGAUAUGAGCUUUGUUCGUCGUACAUUAAUUCUCCAACAUAAAGCAAAACUUGGUGGAUAUAUAUUUGAUGGGACAAUGCUUUUUACUACUAAUGAUUUAAGAGGCACUAAAAAGGGUCAUUAUCAUGAAUUCCAUCUAACGUCUGAGUAUCGUGAUGGAAAGACAGUGCUUAUUAAAAUUAAACAUGUUGGUAUUGUCGAUGCAAAUGAGGCUCAACUGUUCCAAGUAUUGAAUUUAAUCUUACGUCAAUCAAUGGGUGGACUGGAUUUACAACAAAUAGCUCGUCACUUUUUUGAUCCUUAUGCUAAGAUUAGCAUUGACCCGUAUCAUAUAGAAAUCUGGCCAGGUUAUAUUACAUCCAUUCGUCAACAUGAGCGGGAUAUUCUUCUCUGCACUGAGAUUACACAUAAAGUUAUGCGCACCGAUACUCUUUACACCAUACUUCGUCAACUAACGGUCGAAACUAAAGACUAUCAAAAAGCUUUUAAGACUGAAGUUAUAGGUUCUAUUGUGUUGACGGACUAUAACAAUAAAACUUAUCGUAUAACUGACGUUGAUUUUACGAGUUCUCCUCUAUCGACAUUUUCAUUGAAAGAUACAAAAGUUUCAUUUGCUGAAUAUUUUAAAUCGUUUAGCUUGUGGAAGACUUAUGGUUGUAAUGUGAUUGUUUCUACAGCAGAUGUUUCCAUUAUUAAUGGUUGUCAUGAACUGAUAAGUGAAGCUGAAAAGUUGGGACCAGUUGGUGGUAUCUUUAAUUUAGCCGUAGUGCUUCGAGAUGCAAUUUUUAUUAAUCAAACAGAACAAAUGUUUAAAGAAAGUUUUGUACCUAAAGUGGUAGCUUCAAAACAUCUUGAUGAAAUAUCGCGUGUUAAUUGUCCUAAGUUGGAAUACUUUGUUGUAUUUUCAAGUGUAUCUUGUGGUCGAGGAAAUGCAGGUCAAACUAAUUAUGGAAUGGCCAACUCAAUUAUGGAACGUAUCAUAGAAGACCGAAUAAAACAAGGAUACCCUGCAAAAGCUAUACAAUGGGGAGCUGUUGGUGAAGUUGGUUUAGUAGCAGAAAUAGCGGAAGAUAAAAUUGAUAUAGAAAUUGGUGGUACUUUACAACAACGUAUAUCAUCAUGUUUGCGAGAUCUUGAUACUUUGUUGACUGUAACUGAUGCAGUGGUUUCAAGUAUGGUAGUUGCGGAAAAACAUAUACGCUCUGGAAAUCUUAGCAUAACCGAAACAGUGAUGAAUAUAAUGGGCAUACGAGAUCUAAAAACAAUUUCUUUAGGUACUACGCUUUCAGAAAUGGGUAUGGAUUCUCUUAUGGCCGUAGAAAUAAAACAAACUCUUGAAAGAGAUUUUGAAUUAAUUUUAACACCACAAGACUUACGGUCUUUGACAUUUCAAAAAUUACAAGAAUAUUCUGACG